AUGGCAGGGCCAAUAAUUCAGGCUUUGUUAGACACCACACUUCUGAUCCUUGACCUUGGGCCACUGGACCAGAGACCCGAAUGGAAGGGGGGAGCCAACCAGACUCCCAACACUCGGAACGUUUUCGGUUUCCUUUCCCGACCCUGUAGUGGUCCCAGAGGUCAGCGGAGAGAAAGAGGCCCGUGUGCCGGAUCCCACAGUCUUUCUUACAACAUCAAAGUGCUCUCCCAGGAUGGCUUUGUGCAGUCCGGGUGUUUUGCUGAGGGAUACUUGGAUCAUCAGACCUUCCUGCACUAUGAUCACAACAAAGGCAGGGCAGAGCCCUGGGGACGGUGGGCUGAACAGUUGGAAGCAGAGACGUGGAAGACAGAGUCCAAGGACUUGAACGAGACCUGGAAGGAGCUUGGAAAACUCCUGGCAGAGAUCUUGUCACUGCAGAAGGAGAAAGGAGGCUUCCAUUCCCUCCAGGAGACCGUGGGCUGCAAGAUCCAUGAAGACAGCCACCCCCGGGGCUUCCGGCUUCUCCACUUCAACGGGGAGCUCCUCCUCUCCUGUUCCCCGGAGGCCCACGGAUGUGCCCUGCCCCAGUCCUCGGCUCAGACCUUGGCCAUGGAAGUGGUGAAGUCUUGGGACACAGACGGCUUUCUAAGCAAGCAUUACCAGGCCCACGUGCAGGGAGAACUUUGUGGGAGAUUGCGGGGCUACCUGGAGUCCUGGACAGGCUUCAUGGAGAGGACAGUGCCCCCAGCCGUGAAUGUGACCUGCAGCCAGGACUCAGAGGGCAUGGUCCACCUCACAGGCAGCUUUGGCUUCUUUCCCGGGAAUAUUUCAGUGGUCUGGUUUUGGGAUGAGGAGCCUAUGAGCCAGGACGCCCAGGAGUCUGGGGGUGUCCUGCCUGAUGGGAACGGGACCUACUUCACCUGGGAAACCAUAAAAAUCCCCCAAGGAGAGGAGCAGCGGGUCAAGUGCAUUGUGGAAUACAGCGGAAUUCACAGUGCACACCUCGCACCCUUGGGUGAGACUGGGGUGGGCCUGGAGGCGGUUGUGACCCUGGGAGGGUCAGAGGCCAGGGUCAGGGAGAGGAGAGCAGGUUGUGGCUCUGGGGUGCCCGGGUUGUAUAUAAUAAGGUCCUUU